UAUACACUUUAUUCUAUUAUACUUAAACUUUAUUUAUUCUAUUAUACUUUACUCAAAAUGCACACAAUUUCAUGUAAGUAAUAUAGGUAGGUUUGCAAUUAAUCUAUAUAUAGUAAGCCCAUAUACAAUUUAAUAUUCACCAUCUCUCAUAUUCCUUCACCUUCAUAAAAGUUGAGCGGAGCAAAAUAAUUUAAGAAGAAACUCAAGUGCAAUCCAACUAGUCCAUUUUGAAUCAGGAUUUAUCGUUCAAGAAAAAGGGAUGGAACACUCCAUUGAAAUAGAUGAUCAAAUUCCACUGCUUUCUCAAACUUAUCAAGAUGAGUUACAGACAGAAGGAGGGAGGAAAGUGGAUCCUUUAAUACUCAACAUAAAGGAGAUAUUAGUUGAAAGAUUUGAGAAUUUAUACAAAUUGCGUGUUAAACCAAUGAGCAUAUUCAAAGUAAAUGUGGGGCUACGUGAAUCAAAUCCAGAUGCUUAUACACCAAAGAUGGUCUCUAUUGGUCCUUAUCAUAGGAAAAAUCCUCAACUUCGUACAAUGGAAAAGUACAAAUUAUUGUACCUAAAACGGUUUCUUAGACGAAACGAGAGGCUUGAUGUGGAUAGUUGCAUCAAGGGGUUGGAGGAGGAAGCAAGGAAUUGUUACGAUGAUAUAGAAGACCUCAAUAUUGGAAGCGGCGAAUUUUGCGAGAUGUUGUUACUUGAUGGUUGUUUUGUGGUUGAAUUUAUUCGAGAGCGUGUUGAGAUAGGCCCAAGACAAGAAGACGAAAUCACCAAAAGUGACAUUGGUUGCAUAUAUAUUCAAAUACUCCGAGAUUUGAUGUUACUAGAAAACCAACUUCCUUUCUUUGUCCUCAACAGGCUUCAUGAGAUGACAAAGCAAGAUGAUGAUAUCCCAUUGGCAAUAAAAGCUGCGAUCUCGUCUACUUUUUUUGUUGACUUCAAAAUCAAUGAACAUACCGAUUCACCCUUAGUAGUAUCUAAAACAGGUGAUAUCAAACAUUUACUUCAUGCAGUACACAUACAUUCAUGUCAUGGGAACCUCACGAAAACAUCAAAAGACGACACAACGUGGACUAAGGCCAUGCCAAAUGCAACUGAGCUUUCUGAAGCUGGAGUUAGGUUUUCAAAUCAUACAAAUAGUAAUACAAAUUUGUUUGAUAUUAAGUUUGAGGAUGGACUGAUGACAAUCCCUUGUUUUGAAGUCGUAGAUGAAACAGAAUCCUUCCUGCGAAAUCUCAUUGCUUACGAACAACUAUCAUUGGAAGUACAACCUAAAUAUUUCAGUGACUUUGCAGUUUUCAUGGAUCACCUUAUCGACUCAGACAAAGAUGUCAAUUUACUUCGCCAGAAAGGAAUCAUAAAACGCCGGAUGGGAGAGAACAAAGACGUGUCUAGCCUCUUCAACAAAAUCGGAAAUGGGGUCACUAUGUAUUCCACCUUUUAUUAUGAUAAUGAAUGCUUAAAAGCAUCUCAACACUGUCAAAAAAGAUUUAAUAGGUUGAUGGCAAAUUUGCUGCGCAAUUAUUUUAGUAGUCCUUGGGUAGGAGCUUCAACUGUGGCAGCCAUCAUACUUCUCAUACUCACAACUAUACAGACUAUUCUAGCUUUCACAGGUUCCAUUAAGUAAGUAGUAAUCGUAUCAAUUGUAGUAUUAAUGUGUUUUUCAUUAAUUUCCUACUUUGUAUUGAAUUUCAUUAAUGAAUGCGAAUUACUAAAAAAUGUUCCUUUUUU